CUUCUGUGAUUGGAGAAACUGCUUAACAGCCUGUCUUCACAGAGCAUGGCUUCUGCACCGAGGAUGCCAGAUGAAAACUCAAGCCCUAGUAACAGCGAGAGUGAGAGUGACAGUGAGACGGAAAGCCACAGCCCUGAUGGCAGUGAGACCCUGGCGAGCUUGUCCUCGUUUGAGCAGUCUGAAGAAGAAGAGCAUCUCACCUUGGAAGACAUGAUAGAAGAGCCAGCUGCUGGGCAGUUACCAUGUGAGUUUGAAAUCGAUGAAGAGAAACCUUCAGCAGUUGAAGCCACAGGUGAAAGCAGCCAUGAUUUAGAAAAAUCAGGAUUAACUGAAUGUAAAGGAAUUCUGAGGAUGCUCUCAUUGAAUAUUUUGGAAACUCUGUCAAAAUCUAAAAUGGUGAGCUUACUGAAAGACUUUGUUGAGUCUGAAUUUUUUUUGAUUGAUGGAGAUUCAUUGCUCAUCACUUGUGUUUUUAAUGUGAACUUCAGAAUAGGACAGACUCUUCACUUCUUCUACAUUGUAGAACAAUUUCUGCAUGAUUUCAUUCAAAAGGAAGCCAAAUUUGAAAUAGUUUUUUUUAAGGAUGCAGAAAAUCUGUAUUAUGAUUACCCUGAAAUUCUGACCCUUCGUACCCUAUUGAUUCAUCAUUUAGAAUCCAAUACUGAUGUCACUAUUCAUACAGAGUUUUCCAACUGUCUGACACCAGAAUGGGAGAUCUUUCUUAAGGACUGUUAUCCAUAUUUCCUAAUUGUCUCAGAAAAAGGAAUAACAUCUUGUCAAACAGACUUUUUAAACAUUUUUAUCAUUCAUGCUCUUCAGAAGAAAAUCAAUAUUGUACAGUCUUCUGGAAUAGAGUCAGAUGUCCUUAGAAUUUAUGGAUACUUUGCCUCAAGUCUCAAUUUACACAAAUUUUUUUUUGAAAAGCAUGAGCUACAACUGCAACACGCCUUACAUGCCUGCAUUAAAGACUCUUACCAAAGGUCACAGGAAAGAGAAAUAUUUCUGUAUGGUCAUUUGAAACUAAACUUGGGAGAAAUGCAGAAAGAGAUAUAUCAGACCUUGUCCUUGCUUCAUAAUCUGUGGCCCAACGGAGUUGACCUAAAGAGAUGUGAAUUUUUCAUCCUAAAACAACUAAAGGCUAGAAAUAAUUGGAAUGUGAAUUUCACUGGCCUACCUGACUUAACUGAUAAUAGUUUGUGGAAAAACAUUGCUUAUUAUUUUGAAAUUGAAUAUAGUAGAGGGCUAAACUUGGAAUUGGGUGACACUUUGAAACAGGGCUUUGAGGAAUUAUGGAACAUGGUCUUAACAUUAUCAGGGGAUGGUGAUUUUGGAGGACCCGUGCCCAUGAGGACAACGUCCAGACCAUUUCUUACACAGAAAGGAACAUCACUGAGAGGAUCAAAUAAAAGAAUUCAUAAAUUAGGACUCAUUCCUCUGAAAGCUGAGAUUAUAGAAGAUUAUGCUGGAGAUAUUUUGUCAGAACUACCUUUUCUAAGCAGUGAUGACCCAGCCAUUACAUCUCUUUCCAAGAAGAAGGAAUUUGAUGAGUUCACACAUUGGCAUUCUUCUAGACCUCUCACUGAUGAUUUUGAAAGGACAAGGUGCAAUAAUAAUGCUACAUCCAAAGAUGCCAAAGAAAGAAGGGACAUGCAGAAAUUACAUCAUUUUUAUCACGUCUUUGGAAAAUCCUUGGUAGGAAGUGACAAAUCAGUAAGGAUUGUAAGAGAAGGAGCUCUGCCAUCGCUGGAAAAUUCUUCACAGCAAAGGAAAAAAAAGCGCCAGAAGACAAAUGCAGAAAAAUUUAUUGAGGAAAAUCAAAAGAGACAGCUAGCUAAACUAGAGAAAAAAGAGGAAGAAAGAUGGAAUAACUUGUCUGUAUAUAUUGAAAAGGAAAUAAAAGAAAAUCCUAAUUCUGGAAUAAAAAGACUAGAAGAUUUUCUCCAAACAUGCCCUGUUAAAUCUGUAAAAUUUGCUGCAGAAAUGGUAGGAUUGGAUGCCUGUUUCAAACUAUGGAUGGAAUACUGUUUAAAACCAGAAGCAGAAUCCAGAGAUAUAAGCAUAAUAAUUAGCUUGAUGAAAAGGAUUCAUAUAAUCCAUGGAAAAUAUUCAGUACUAGUAAAAAAUACACAUCGACAAAAAUUAGCCAAAUGUCUAAAAUACAUUGGAUUUGACAACUUGGCACACUCAUUAUGUCCCCAGGUAGAUAUGCAGGAAUCAGGUACUAAGAAGGAUAUUUCUAAAUAUUCAGUUCGCAUGGGAGCAGCUCGGUUUCAGUUAACAUAUAUGGGCCCUUACUUAUUUCAAGAAGAAAGAAGUGAUCCUGAUCCCAGGGUGCAACAUUUUAUACCAGACACAUGGCAGAGGGAACUUCUUGAUGUUGUGGAUAAUAAUGAAUCAGCUGUGAUUGUUGCCCCGACCUCAUCGGGGAAAACGUAUGCUUCCUACUACUGCAUGGAGAAAGUGCUGAGAGAGAGCAAUGAUGGAGUGAUCGUGUAUGUUGCUCCAACAAAGGCUCUUGUUAAUCAAGUGGUAGGAACUGUCUGCAGCUUGUUUACCAAAGCACUGCCGAAAGGGUUAGUGGUGUGUGGAGUGUUCACACGAGAUUACCGUCACGACGUCUUUAAUUCUCAGAUAUUAGUGACAGUGCCUCAGUGUUUGGAAAUACUCUUGAUAUCGCCUCGUAAUCAAAAGUGGGUGGAAAGGAUGAGAUAUGUCAUAUUUGAUGAGGUUCACUGUCUUGGGGGAGAAAUUGGAGCAGAAGUUUGGGAACAUCUUCUUGUUAUGAUUCGGUGUCCCUUUCUGGCACUUUCUGCUACUAUCAGUAAUCCUGAACAUCUCACUGAAUGGUUGGUGUCAGUUAAAAGAUACUGGCAACAUGUUGAAAGCACAAUGGAAAAUUCUGGUCCAUCACAAAAUGCCUUGAAAGUUUCAAAGAAACAACAACGAAAAAGAACAGAAAAGUCAUCAUACAGAGUUAGACUGGUCUGGUACAAAGAGCGAUACAAUGAUAUAGAAAAGUAUGUGUGUUCCCUAAAGGAUAAUGACUUUAUCAUUGAACACUAUCACCCAUGUGCUGCACUCACAGUCAACCAUAUAGAGAAAUAUGGAAUUCCUAUAGACCUUGGGUUUUCUCCACGGGAAAGCAUACUGCUUUAUGAUGCAAUGGUACACGUUUGGCCAGAAUGGACAAGGAUGCAGGAGUUAGAACCUGAAGAAUUCAGCUGCUUCAAAAAUAAAAUAGUAAUUAUGAAGGCAGAUGCCAAGAAAUACGAAGAGGAACUGAAAAAGGAAAUAAUUCGUUGGAUUCAGCUGGACCCAAGCAAGGUGAAUCAGUUACUGAAGUACCUUACGCCUCAGACUUUUGACAGUGCAGAAACGGAAAAAAAAAGAAUGUUUCCCAAUUUUGUGGAAAAACUUAAAGAAAUGAAUAGGCUGCCUGCAAUAUUUUUUUCUUUUUUAAAUUCAGAUUCAGGUGCUAGAAUCCAAAGAAUCGUUGUAUUGGGAGCUGAAAUAAAGGAAAUUAAAAAAAACCUUAAGAAGUUUUAUGAAGCUUCUCCAGACUGUACUUAUGCUGACCGUACAGUUGUGGAUAAUCAGACUUUAACAAAGAUCUUACUCAGACUGAGAGGAACAAGACAAAGUUACAAACUGAAAAGUCUGUUAAAGCGGGGCAUUGGAUAUCAUCACGGUGCCAUGGAACACAGACAAAGACAAGUUGUAGAGAUGCUUUUCAGAAUGAAGCACGUCAAGGUGAUGACAGCUACCUCCUCCCUUGCUUUGGGAAUUAAUAUGCCAUGUAAAUCUGUUGUUUUUAUGGAAGAUUCUGUUUUUUUGGAUGCCUUGCACUUUCGACAGAUGUCUGGCCGUGCAGGAAGACGUGGAGAAGAUCUUAUAGGAAACGUGUUCUUCUAUGGUAUUCCAUUACAUAAGAUAGAAAGGCUCUUAAAGUCAAAUGUGCCCAAACUGAAGGGUCAAUUUCCUCUAGGCAUAUCGUUGGUUCUCAGACUUAUGCUUUUAGUUGCCAAAGCAGAUGACAAAGAGGAUGCCAAAGCAAAGGCAUUAUCAGUUCUCCAACAUUCAUUGAUGUCCUUCAAUCAACCAAAUGUCAAGUGCAUGCUAAAGUUUUACUUUAUAUAUUCUUUGCAAUUCUUGGUCAGAGAGGAAUACCUGAAUCAACAAUGCGUUCCCAUCGGAUACUCUGGCCUGGUGUCACAUUUGCACUACCAUGAGCCUGCAAACUUUGUUUUAGUAAGCUUGCUGAAGAAAGGGUUGUUUCAUAAGUUGUGUAUUCCAACCAAGAUAAAUGGCCAAAAGAGCUUUUCUAAAGAAGUGAUGGAAACCUUAGUGGUGGUGUUAGCUCAUCUUUUUGGAAGACAGUAUCUUUCUCCCUGUGUGAAAAACUUUAAAAAGAAAUUUUCUCACUCAGUGGUAAUUCUAAGUGAUCUUCCCAAGGAAUUUGUUGCAGUGGUGAAGGAAUACAACAACAGAAUUCAAGAGCACUUUGCUUCCUUCCUCCUUGCAAUUUCUAAGUUGGCUGACAUGAGAAAAGAAUACCAACUACCUCUCUCAGAAAUUGACUUUUCAGGUCAAGAAUGUGAAGAGUCUGAACUGAUCUCUCAUUUGAUGCCUGGGACCGAGAGCAGAACGGCUGUCUCCCCGUUUGCCUGCCUGUCCAACUUGACUGAUCAGCAUUUAUUUGAUAUUGAUGUGGUCAAUGAUGCUAUGUUACGAACAAUUGAUGUGAAUGUUAAAAAUGUUCCUUUCCUUUGUUUGAACAAAUAUAAGAAUGGAAGGAAGUUUCCAUUGAAUGGUUAUGUAUUGAACUUCUACAAAAACCGUUCCCUGUCAGCACUCACUUUGGAUAACUGGUUAAAUAUGGGAGAUGCUUUUCAUCUUAUCAGAGAUUUUGCACUUACUGUUCAGUCUAUCAGGAUUUCACUGAGUGAAUUAUAUGAUGAUGAAGAUGACAAUGUUGUAUUAGCAUUUAAACAACUAAGUAAAACAUUCAGAUCAAUCUUAGGAAGAAGAGCAUUAGACUGA